AUGGCAACCACAUUCGGUUCCGAUAUGAUGGUCGAUGCUCCCACGGCCGACGGCCUCAACAACCUCACGAUGCUUCGGCUUGCGGAUUCCACAAACCCCGACGCUAUGGGUCCCCACGAUGAUUACUCUUCCAGCCCACAGACAUCGCCGAGAACGAUUCCGCCUCCUCCGAACCCGCCAUUCGUGUUUCCAGCACGACCUUCAUCCUCUUCGGCUUCGGCCCCAUCCACCUUCUCGCGCGCUACUGGGAGACGGCCGCGAUCUGCGAUAGAGCCUCAUAUCACAGGGUUGGAUUUGACUAAAGAGAUUGACAAUUCCAAGCCUCGAACGCCAGCGCUUCCCAAUUUCUCCUUCAACCCUGGCGCCUCUUUGACGUCCACCCUCAGUCCCGAAAGCGCCUACCUCAGCCCUGCGCAGUCACCUUCUGCUCCCAGCUCUCCAAGAACAGCUGCUACCCGACCUGGUGGCCACGGACAUCGUCGUGGCGGAAGCGAAUUUGUUGGAGGAAAGCUUCGUGACGGGGAGGCCAUCACGAUCACCAAUGUCAGCCCGACAAAACCAGAAAGCGGGAUGGCCUCACCGAUGUUGCAACCCACAAGACCACGGAGAGGUCACGCUCAUCGUCGAUCUGCCGCCAUAUCCAGCCACGAUCUUUCCUCCAUCAUUCUGCCUCCACCACCGAACCCCAACUUGAGGGGAGGCAGCGCUCCUGCCAGCCCUGUUUUUCCGAAUCGCCCUGGUGGACAGGACUUCCCGACUGCCGAGCAGGGCAGAAAAUCGGAGCCAAACAUUGGAUCACCAUCGGAGGCGCCCAAUGACUCCACUGGUGUCCCGAUGGCCGACGUGGAAGGUGACGCCAAGCCACCGGCCAGAAACCGUGUGGGAUUUUCAGACACGUUGGAGUAUAUCCCCAGACCGCUUUCUCUGGUCUCCAGUGACGCCUCCAGCACGGCUACCGCCCGCCCUGGACACUCUGUCUCGGGCAGCAUCUCUUCGCUCAUCUCGCUCACUACCGGUGAGCGUGAUUUCAGCACACCUUUCACAUUCGGCGGCCCAGCUGCCAAAAUGAGCGAUAGCCGGCCCAGUACAGCUGGGGCGGUGUUGGAGAACACCUUGAGUGCUCAGGAAGAGGAGCCUACUCCAUCUUCGCCAAGGAGACGAGGAUCAAUCCCGUUUUUGGGUACCAUCCCUCCUGUUCUUCCCCACAGUCCGGCAACACCCAGCCCAACUCGGUCUGGCAAGAAAUGGGCCUUCUUUGGUCGCGAGGGUCGUGAUUCACAGGCAACAGGAUCGCCCACACGCUUUCAAUCAGAGAGCCCCCUCGCCUCCAGUUCUCACGUUAACUCGCCAGCUCCUGAGCGCGUUUCUGCGGAACAGUUUAUGGACGACAUGGCUCUUGAACCGGACGUGGUUUUGAACACCAUGAAGCCACUCACCAAGAAGAGGAGCAAGAAGCAAAAGAAGGUCAAAACAUGGGCUGGAACGAUUCUUUCUCGCAAGUCCAAACAUCGCUACGGAAAGCAAAAGAGGAGAACGCCAACCCCGCCUCCACCUCGGUUCCUGGAGGAAGUCGAUGCUCUCCAGCAAGACUCGACCGAUGCGCAAAUCAACGUUCCGACCUUCACCGUCACCGAAUCCCCGGAUACAGGAGAUUUCCAGUCUUGGACAUUCCCCAAGCCUGUCUCUGUCCCUGAUGAGGAUAUGUCGUACCAGAUGAUUGACCUUGAUGCGGCUCUUGGUCCUUUCAAUACGCCCCUGCCUCGAAACCCUGAGUGGGAGGCGGCGCAACGAGCCGGUGGCAACGUGAAGAAGCAGCUUCACAGCGCAGCCGGAAUGAGCCGCUUCACUGGCCCGGGCAUGCACUACCACCAUCGCCGUGCGGAAAGCGCACCAGAAAUGGUGCCUUUUGAAGGCGGUAGGCUUGGGUUCAGACGCUUUGGAAGCAGCUCCACCAUGGCAGAUGUGUUUGAGGAGGAUGAAGAAGAGGAGGACAGUGAUUCCGGCAAGAGCUCCGCUGGACAAUCUACACCGCUGGUUGAAACCCCUGUUGUGGAAAAGUCUGAGAGCACAAGCCUUGCCCCUGAAGCGAGACCUUCUCCAAUCGUCCCUCAGGAGUCUCCCGCUGCUAGGACCUCUCAGGAUGGCGAGCAAGGGAAGGCGUUCCUUACUGUGGUGCCUGACUAUACGAUGGGCUCGGCGAAUAGCGACACUCCGGACACCGUCCCUGCCGUUGCACCGGGCACCCCGAGGAACUCUUCUUCGAUUCACGGCGGUUAUUCCGGAUCCACCACACCAUCCCCACGUCACGUUUCCCGUCCCAAGGAUUUGGCGCCUGUCGAUGUUGGGCCACUGAGCCUUCCGCCAUCCUCGAUGCCUCCCAUCAGCCCCUUUUCCAUGACGCAGUCAUCGGCAUUCCCAUCUCCACGCACACCCAUGUCGUACGACGCCCAUCGGAUCUCGACAGCGCCGUCAUCCAUCACGGAGGAUAAUUUCCAGUCGUUACUCUUGGGCGAGCCUGGUCCGGAAGUGCGCAUCUCGGUCGAUGAUAUCCCUUCGCUCACCAGCAGCAACUCGACCAUGACGCGCGAAAGCCUGUUCCCCCAACACCCCCAGGCAAGAAACCCGCCGUUGAACGACUUGCCACGGCCGGCUUCGUUCACUUCGACUGCCUUUGGGCGAAGGCGUUCCAGUCUGGCCAGCUUGAGCCGUUUGAUUAGCAGCUCUCAUGGCGAGCGGAGCAAGCUGUCAAUGGAGGUUCCUCUGGACAGCGAGCCAGAGCAGAAGUCCAAAGUCAGCAAAGCCAAGAGAUUGAGCAGGAUGGUGAAGUUCUGGAAGCCCAAGGAUAACGAGGCGGUGUAA